UCUCUCUCUCUUCUCUGGUUUCUCUACUGGUUCCUUCUCUCUCCUCUUUCGUUUCCGUUGGAACCGAUACCUUGAAACUCUGGAUCGAUUUUAACCAGUAUAGGGCUUUUCUAGGGUUUCGAUUUUGGGUUUUCGCCCAAUUUGCCGCGAGGAAGGAAGGAGCUUUCGUGUAAUUCAUCAUCGGAUUGAUUUGGUGAACCUUCUCCGGAUUCGAGGGAGAACAAGAGGAGCGUUUGAUUGGUGACUGCAACUUCGUUGAUGGAAGCAUAUACCUGCAAGGUUUUUGAAGCAGGGGCAGUAAUGCUAAGUAGCUAGACUCUUUUAGUUCAUUAGCUACUACAUGAUGGGUAAAGCACAGAAGCAUUCUAGUAGGAACUCAUUGGGCUUUGUUCCUGGUUAUAUUCAAUCUGUCGACACCACCGAUAGUGAGAUAGAGGAAGCUCAUGUAAGGAAGAGGAGUCGUUAUAGUUUGAAUGAAGAUAGAUAUGGUGUUCCUAAAAAGGUUUCGUCUUUGUCAAAUAUGUCAAGCUCUGAGAGAGAGCAUUUAGUUCACAAGUUGAGGUUGGAGCUUGAACAGGUCAGAGACCUUCUUAAGAGGAUUGCAUGUAUCAGUUCAGCCACUGUUUUGUUGUCUCCAUUCAGCGAUCUUCGUAGUUGUAGUGAUGGGAGUAAGAACAAGCGUCCUCCUGUGCGCAUUGAUCACAAGGGGAGUAAGAAAGGCCCAUCUCGGCACUCUGUGCCUGCGAGAUUAGAAGUCCCGGCAAGCUCUAGAGUUGCUUCGUUGAUGAAGGAGUGUCAGACGUUGCUUGAUCGUGUAUGGUCACAUAAGUUGGGGGUUGCAUUUCGCAAUCCAGUUGAUCCUGUUCUGCUGAAUAUUCCAGACUAUUUUACUGUGGUUAAGCAUCCUAUGGAUCUUGGGACGAUACGUAGCAGACUGCGUGCAGGUGAAUACUCUAGUCCUUUGGAGUUCGCAGCAGACGUGCGUCUUACAUUCUCAAAUUCCAUGGCUUACAACCCGCCAGGAAAUCAAUACCAUAAGAUGGCUCGAGAUCUCAGCGCAUAUUUUGAGUCGAGAUGGAAAAUUAUAGAGAGGAAAUUACCUGUGGUGGAACCACCGGUCAUGUCCCUAACCAGCUCUGCUUCUCUGGAGUUUGAAGUCCCGUGUAAUGUAGCCCCGCCAAGAAAGAUUACAGCUGCAGUGAACGAGGGGAAGCUGAGGGUGGAGCCUGGGAAGUUGGUUAUGACAGAUGGUGAGAAGAAAAAACUAAGCCAAGAUUUGGAGGCGUUAGGAGAAGAGUUCCCACAGAACAUUGUUGAUCUCUUGAGAGAGCAAAGUGGCAGUGAUGACCAAUCUGGGGAAGUUGAGAUUGAGAUAGAAAUAGAUACGCUUUCUGAUGAAACCUUGUUCAUGGUUCGGAAACUCCUGGAUGAGCAUCUAAGGGAGAAAAAGAAAUCCCUGGAAAAGAGUGAACCUUGUGCGAUGGAGAUAGUUCAUGACUCUGGAUUUAGUAAUUCCCCUCUGCAGCCUAGUAAAUGUGAUUUGCUGAUUGACGAGGAUGUUGACAUAGUUGGUGGGAAUGACCCCCCUGUUUCUAGCCAUCCCCCAUUUAAGAUAGAAAAAGAUGCUGCAUGUAGAAACAGUUCGAGUAGCUCCAGUAGUGAAUCAGGCUCUUCAUCUAGUGAUUCUGAUUCUUGUAGUUCCUCUGGGAGUGAAACAGAUUCCAUUAAAGUUUCAAACCCUACGUGUACAGAGGAAAAAAAGGAACGAGGAGUUGGUAUGAAGAAAAAGGAGGAUGAUAACAAUGGUGAAAAGAAUGUUAUAAACGAAUCUUUAAACAAGUUGGGUCAAGUUGAGCUUGAUGUUGAGGGAAAGUCAACGACCAUGGAUGCAGUACAUGCCCUUCCAGCGGAGGAGACGGCUCCACCUGUGAGGCAAGAUUCCCCAGGAAAGCGUCAACGUGCUGCUCUGUUGAAGAAUCGUUUUGCUGAUACCAUAAUGAAAGCCCGAGAGAAGACCCUAACUAAGGGUGAAAACGGAGAUCCUGAAAAACUGAGGAUAGAAAGAGAGAAGUUUGAAAGACGGCUUAGGGAAGAAAACGCACGGUUACAAGCCGAGGCCAAAGCUGCUGAAGAGGCUAGGAGAAAAGCCGAAGCAGAAGCUGCAGAAAAAGCAAGGAGGGAAAGAGAGCAAGAGAGAGAAGCUGCACGACAAGCUUUACAAAAGAUGGAAAAGACUGUGGAGAUAAACGAGGGUAGGCGGUUUAUGGAAGACCUGGAGAUGCUUAGAGCUACAGGUGCCGAGGCUGAUCAGUUGCCGACUUUCAUGAAAGAGAUGAGCCCCAAUAUGUUGGGUAGUUUUAAGAUGGAAGGAAAUAGUAACCCAUUAGAACAGCUAGGUCUCUACAUGAAAAUGGAUGAGGAUGAAGAAGAUGAGCCACACUUCAGCCAAGGAGAAGUAGAUGAGCAGCCCUUUGAUAGAAAAGAAAGACUCACGCUUAGUCCUCACGUCGCAGAGAAAGAGGACCAAGUUGAUAGCGGAAAUGAAAAACCGGUAAGCGAGAAGGGACAAGAGAAUGAGAACCAAGAAGAUGAAAAGGAAGGAGAAGAACAAAUAGAGAAUGUGCCAGUUAAUCCCCACGGAGAAGAGGGUCUCGUUAAUGGAAGUGAAGGGAGAGAAGAAGUGGUAAGCGAGCAGGCACAAGAUAAUUGGAACCAAGAAGAUGAAAAACUCAUCAACCAAAAUGAAGGAAAAGAACAAUUGGAGAAUAUGCCAGAGCAAGAAAAUGGAGUUGAGGACAAGGCAGAUGAAAAAGCUGAGGUUAUGGAUGAAGAAACUCAAGUUGGGGACAUAGUAGAGGAAGAAGCUGAAGUUGUCGAUGUCGACAUGGUGAAGGUAGAAAGAAACUGAACUUGUCCACAAGAGAGAGAAAGAAACUGAAGAUGUUGUCGACAUGGGAGAGCAAGAAAAUGAAAUUGGCGACAUGGGACAAGAAACUGAAGUUCUGGAAAAAGGGAGAGCAAGAAACUGAAGCUGUCCAUAAGGGAGAGCAACAAUCUCAAAUUGCGGAAGAAGAAAUCGAUUGAGAUGUCUUUCUUUUGGGUUAUUCAAUGCACGAAAUAUGAUGUGGCGUGUAAUGGUGUAACAAGGUUUUGAAAACCGGACCGGCCGGUCGGACCGGUUCGACCGUGACUCGUUAAGUAAGCCGAGUCCGGUUCGGUUCAAAACUCGGAUUGGAUAAAAACCGGCAAACUCGGUUCAAAACCGGAAAAACCGGUGACCCGGGUCAACACUAAAACCCGGUUCUGAUACAAUUUAAAAUUUGAUUAGGGUUUUCUUAUAAACUAAUCUUUGAUUGA